GCGAGAGCCGAGCGCUAUUUAAGUUCGGGGGCGGCCAUUGCGCGCCCUUUGCGGAGGCGAAGCGUGAGGGCAGAUUAAAACAUGACUGAUACAGAUGAAGCCCACGCUUCUGGUUCUGAUUAUCCUCAUGCCCAAGAUCUCAUAUCCACUCGGAGGAAAAAAAGGUCUAAAAUACCUGAGUGUGCAGCAAAUGCACAGAAGGAACCCUUGUGCUCAAGGCAGGAGGAUGCCACUCCUGAGGAGUCUUCAGAUGAGCUGAGUAGCACGUAUACAUCUUCAGCUGAGGUGGAUAGCAGUGAUUCAGAAAUUGAUGUUCCAGCUGCUAGUGGCAGCAAGCACCAUAGGAAGUGCUCUGAUGCACCUUCAAAGCAAAAGAGGAGAUCGCAGCCUUCAAGGCCACAAGCAGAAGCUGAUGCAGGAGUGCCUGACAGUGAGAGUUCUGAUUCUUCUCUGCCUCCUCAGAGCCCGGUGAGGCCAUUUGAAGCCUCCCAAGAGAAGAAAUCUAAGCUCAAUUUGAAAGCCAUCUUUGCCUAUCACUUCAGAGGAAGGAAGUUUAAAGCUGCUGCACACCGAAAAUACAGGAGCAGUGGUUCACAAAAGACAAAGAAACCCUCUGAGCACUCACGGAGGCGGGGUGGGAAGCAGCCCAUGACAGCCUCGCCUCAGGAGCGAAGGAAAAGGCUUAAGGAUCGAGGCUUUCAGUUCCCUUUUGUUGAAAAACAUUAUGGGAGAAAGCAUAUUCCCUUGAACAUGGUCCUUAGCUAUGAGCAAGCAGCUGCCAAGGGCUAUUUCCAGUACGUUGAAAUGCUCAAAUAUGAGGAACACCUCAAAAAGGCUUUGAAAGCCCUUGAAGCCAGUGAAGACUUAGAAAGAGAAUGCCUGGCAGUGCGGAAACACAAAUAUUUAGAUGACGAAGGCCCCAUUUCUCCUAUCCAGGAGACAAAUGAUGAUGAUGAUGGUGAUAACAACUGCUUGGGCUCUGAUAAUCCAGAAGACUUCGAUGUCAGAGUAGUGGACAACAGCAGUUUCAUUAUAAGCAGUAAAAUUCCCAACAAGAGGAAAUCGAAGGCCAGAACAAAGCGAGUGAAGUCAGCUGGAGUGGUUGAAGUAAAGAAGAGUGCUGCCGAUAAGUGAAUGUUUGUGUGGUUCUCUUUGAGUGAACAGAGCACGAGUCAAGAAGGUGGCAGCAGUCACUUCUCAGAGACCUUAUUAAGGUCCUCUUGGCUUAAAAUGUUGGUCUGAAGUCAGCACUGAGCUGUCAGCCAGGCAGCCUCAUCAGAAUGGCUUUAAGUGUGUUGCUUUUGGAUGAUGAAUAUCAAUCAAGUGCUGUGUGAGCUGGUGCACAGAUCUGUUUCUUCCAUGCGCUCCUGUGGAACACUUUGGUUAAGGAGCAAGCCCACGUGACAGUGCAGACCAGAGGAGUGCCUUGGUGGCAGGUGAUGAGGAAAUGAGAGAAGAAAUGCAGAAAGCCACUUGACAGAGACAGGAGCUCCCUUAUAGGUUAGUAUGCCAUCUGAGCUUCUGCAAAUGCAUUGGUGUUUGAGGGGCUCUGGUUUUCAGUGGCUGGAGCUGUUCACCUGAUGAAGCUCAGUGCCUUUGGGAGUGUUACAGGGACAGAGCUCAAAGUUAUGUCAGUAUAUUUUAAGGUAGUGUUCCCUUUCAGUCUGUUAAGUCUUUAACUUUGAUAUAUCCCAAGAAAGAUCUCACAGUCUGAAAUGAAGUGAUGAGCUUAACUUGCUAAACUUGGGCUUUACUUUAAAAUUAAAUGAGUACUUAGAGAAGUUAGUGUUUGAAUAAACAUUGUAGUUAAUUCUCUCAGUUUUAUAUUGUUCAUGUAAUGUUAGCUUUUAACAUGAAACUGUUGCUGAUGUGGAGUUACUGCUGCAUCUUCCCAAUGAAAUGGUAGUGUAACAUUUCCCUCCCUUUUCCCCCAAAAGUCAUGACAGAAGAAGGAACUUUAUAGGAACUGUAUGAGAUGCUUUUCCAGUCUGCUUGAUUUUUGUUGCAUUAGUUUAUGGUCACAGAAAUGUUGAGGUCUAUCCCGAUAGGAUCUCUUCUGUAGGUUCAUGUCGUUGGAAACGCCUCACAGAACAAACUUGUGGUUUAGUUUUACCCUUGGAGCUACCUGUUAGCUCUGUGGGAUAGAACUACAAGACAAAUCUUCAUGUACCAUUUCAGGAAUGGAAGUAACGUGUCAUGUUCUCCCUCAGGUACUGGCUCAUGCAUUUGAUAUAAAUGGAAAAAAAAAGAUUCAAAUGGAAAAGCUUGGUAAGAGUGAAAAAGAGCAUGUUCUGAGAUUUAAAAUGUAACUAACAUGUUUAAUUGUGUGGGUUGAACUUGCUCUUCAGCCAGAUGUCUGUGAAGGUACCAGACCUCUUAGUGGCUUUUUUUUUUCCUGGUUGGCCUGAAGCAGACUCUUCCCACUUCAAUCUGAAAGUGACUUUCUGUUCCUUGUGGUGGCUAUAGGUUUAAAUUAAGAAGUCCAGCCCUCUGAUGUCUGUCCAGUCUUAAAGUAAUUCAGUGAGCCUGCCGGAUUUUUGCUCUAUGUAAUUCAGCAAUACUGCUUUUCUCUUGCUAAGCUUCAAAGUAGCUGAGCAUCUCAGGCAGUUUACUAGUACAGUGUCAGAAGUCCUGGGUUGUAUGGAGCAUUGUGCUAUUCUAUAGAACACAGCUUAAAGUAAAACGCAGACAAUGCUUCUAUAAGCCCUUUGUGCUGGGAAUAUAAAUACUUGAAAGAAUUACGAGGCUGCUGAAAUUGAUGGAAUUUCUUUUCCCUCUUCGUUGCAUGGCAACUUCUGUGAAAUUGGUACUUCAGCUUAUCGCUGCCUGGUGUAUGGACAGCUUGAACCUUAACGUGCAUUUGUUGACUGAGGACUGCUGCGUCUGUUGCACUGAAUGGUAUCUGCACCCAGCAGCGUUCUUCUGAUGGGGUGUUCAAAAACCAGUGCUACAGUAAUUCAGCAUUUGGCAUCGUUGGUUUUCACUCUGCAGUGGUUGUUAAACCUGGUAUUCUUGCUGAUACAGGUGCUGCCCUCUUCAAGGAUUUGAGCGCAGUCCUUUUAUGUCGGGUAGGACUUGUCGGUGUGAGCUGCCCACUGGUUCUCCCUCGUGCUCAGUUUGUUUUUUUUAAACAGGUGCCUUGGGAUACACAACAGUCAGUUGGCUGUGGAAGAGGAAACAAAGUGUUGGACAGAGUCUGCUGCUGUCACUGAAUGUCAGGGGGUGAGAAGUUGUACCUGAGUGCUGCCACAGUAAGUCUGUAGGUCCUGAUGUGAUGUUGCUGCAAGUCUCUUGCAAGAAAGAAAAGGACAGCUCUUAAAUGCUCUUAAACACUCCUAUUUCUUGUAAUAAUUGAGAAUGUUAAAUAUUUUAACUUCACUGCCCUGUAAGUUGAAUUAGUGGAUCAAGGUGUGGUUGUACAAGGAAAGGGUUAUCAACUAUGUUCCAACUGCUCAAGUGUGGAGAGGGGGCUGUUUACUUCAUACAGAAUGUAACAUUCAAAUAAAACUGAUGCCUGAAAGAA